AUGAAUAAGCUUACACGAUUGUCAUUACAGCUGCAGUAUGUGGUUGACCACGAUCAGGGUCCAAGCCAGUCAACUGGGGGCUUUAGUAAAAAACGUAGGUCCGUUCUCGUCGAUACCUAG